CAGUAGUACCAUGAGAAAAAGACUGAAUCCAAGACUCAGCAGAGGAGUACCAAAAGGCUUAGAAAGUGAACUAGUUGCUGCUGGAUGGCCUAAAUGGCUUGUUGAUGUAGCUAGUGAAGCUUUAAUUGGAUGGCUUCCAAGAACACCUGAUACUUUCGAGAAGAUACAUAAGAUUGGCCAAGGAAGUUACAGUAAUGUCUACAAAGCUCGCGAUUGUUUGCUCAAUAAGAUUGUUGUCUUGAAAAAGGUUUGUGCUGACAAUCUUGAUCCCGGCAGCUUCAAGUUUAUGGCGAGAGAGAUUGUCUUAUUGCGAAGGCUCGGUGAUCACCCAAAUGUUAUCAAGCUGGAAGGUGUAGUCCCCUCUAAAAUGGCGUGCAGCCUUGUUUUUGAUUGCAUGGAAUAUGAUCUCAAGGGAAUUCAAGAACAGAAAGGUGUCAAGUUAUCUGAACCUGAGAUCAAAUGUUACAUGAACCAGCUGCUUAAAGGGCUUGAUCACUGCCAUAGCCGUGGUAUCUUGCAUCGAGAUGUAAAGACUUCUAACCUGUUAGUUAAUAAAGAGGGUAUCUUGAAAAUUGCAGAUUUUGGGCUGUCAACAUUUUUUGAUCCAGAACAAAGCAUUCCCUUAACUAACAUUAUUGGGACUCUCUGGUAUCGGCCACCAGAGCUUUUGCUUGGAUUAAAUCAUUAUGGAGUUGGAGUUGAUUUAUGGGGUGUUGGUUGUGUACUUGGUGAACUAUUUACUGGCAAGCCUAUUAUGCCUGGUAAAACUGAAUUUGAGCAAUUGUAUUAUAUCUUCAAGCUUUGUGGUUCUCCAUCUGAUGAAUGUUGGCUAAAAUCUGGCUUACCUAAUGCAUCAAUUUUAAAGCCGCAAAUGCCUUAUAGACGACAAAUUCAAGCAACCUUUCAUGAUGUUCCUGCUGCUGCUGUAGGAGUGAUGGACACUUUACUUUCCAUAGAACCUGAAUAUCGAGGAACUGCAGCUCUUGCUCUUCAGGGUGAGUUCUUCACAACAGAACCAUUUGCUUGUGAUCCUUUAAGUUUGCCACGAUGCCCUCCCAGAAAUGAGAUGGAUGCUAAAGAAACCAAGAUGAUUAGGGAAUUUAAUGCAGGAUUACAGCGAUCAGUAGACAGAAGACGACUCAGGAAUAGGCUUGAAAAAACAAAUGAAAAAGUCUCAGGAGGUGUUCUAAAUGAAGGAACAAAUUCUUAUACUCAGAGGUCUGCUACUACCCAUCAAAGUGAUAAUCAGAGAGUAAUAUGGAAAGAACCAAUUCAUUACCAUGACAUAAAGGGAAAGAAGAAGUGGACAGGUCCAUCACCUGAUGAAUCAGACAAAAUGCAGGAUUUACUCAGAGAGUGUAAUGACACGAUCCUCAAAGCUGUUACACGUGGGAGGCUAGAGAAGGGAUUAAUAGCUAAAGUGAAUGUCCAUGACUCAAAUGGAAAGAAGAGUCAUUCUGUAGGUCCAUCAACCAAUAUGCAGGGAUUACCAAGAAAGCACUGGACUAUGUUUGACAAGGAAAAAAGGGCGGAAGGGGAAGGAAAUAACUCCAAGCUAGAGAAGAACCAACUUAUUGAACAAUUGUUGCCUCCUGCAGAAUCAGAUGGCCUUAACUUCCUGGAAGACAACCAUUAUUGUGGUCCACUUUCAUCUACAUCAAAACCAAUUGAUGUGGAUCGAAUACUUAGAGAGCACGACCGACAGAUCCAAGAAUCUGUAGAACGUGCCAAGCAACAGAAAAAACUAGGUAAAGCUCAGUUUUGAGAUAUGAAAACCAAUAUAAGCUGCUUGGAUAUUCACUCUUUUUACAGAAAAAAAGGUCUAUUCUGGAUCAAUAUAUAGUCUAUUUCUAGAAUGGAAAGGUGAAACUAUUAACUAUCUUUAUUUAUCUCUUGUUACUAGUUGUUAUAGGUUGAAUACGUCUCCUGAGGUUUGGAGCAUAUUUAUGAAUAGUUAGCCAUUAACUUCAGUU